UCUUCUUCAUUCCUCCGACACACACAGACGGGUCUAACUCUCGGCCUUCAUCAUCAUCAUCCUCAGAGGAAGACGACAGGGAGCUCCCUGACCCCUCGCCCCACAGGGUCACCAUGGCAACGGUCAUCUGCACUCGUUUUACUGAAGAGUAUCAGCUGUACGAAGAGCUGGGCAAGGGAGCGUUCUCAGUGGUGCGGCGCUGUGUGAAGGUUCUGUCCGGUCAGGAGUACGCCGCCAAGAUCAUCAACACCAAGAAGCUGUCUGCCAGAGAUCAUCAGAAGUUGGACCGUGAAGCUCGAAUCUGUCGGUUACUGAAACACCCCAACAUUGUUCGGCUACAUGACAGUAUUUCAGAGGAGGCGCAUCAUUACCUCAUUUUUGACCUGGUGACAGGUGGGGAGUUAUUUGAAGACAUUGUAGCCAGAGAAUAUUACAGUGAAGCUGACGCCAGUCACUGUAUCCAGCAGAUUUUGGAGGCGGUGCUACACUGUCAUCAGAUGGGCGUGGUCCACCGAGACCUGAAGCCGGAGAACCUCCUCCUGGCCUCCAAGUCCAAAGGAGCAGCGGUCAAAUUGGCCGACUUUGGCCUCGCCAUUGAGGUGGAAGGAGACCAGCAGGCCUGGUUUGGCUUUGCGGGGACUCCAGGUUAUCUGUCUCCAGAGGUCCUCAGGAAGGACCCAUACGGGAAGGCGGUCGACCUCUGGGCCUGCGGUGUGAUCCUCUACAUCCUCCUGGUCGGUUACCCUCCAUUCUGGGAUGAAGAUCAGCAUCGUCUCUACCAGCAGAUCAAAGCUGGAGCCUAUGAUUUUCCUUCGCCGGAGUGGGACACGGUGACUCCUGAAGCCAAAGAUCUCAUCAAUAAAAUGCUGACCAUCAACCCGGCCAAACGCAUCACAGCUGCCGAGGCGCUCAAACACCCCUGGAUCUCUCACCGGUCUACGGUGGCGUCCUGCAUGCACAGACAGGAAACGGUCGAGUGCCUGAAGAAGUUCAACGCUAGGAGGAAGCUGAAGGGAGCCAUUCUAACCACCAUGUUGGCCACCAGAAAUUUCUCCGGAGGAAAGAGUGGAAGCAACAAGAAGGCCGACGGAGUCAAGGAAUCAUCUGAGAGCACGAACACCACCAUCGAGGACGAGGACACCAGAGUGAGGAAGCAGGACAUCAUUAAGGUCACUGAGCAGCUCAUCGAGGCGAUCAGCAACGGAGACUUUGAGAGCUACACUAAGAUGUGUGACCCGGCCGUGACGGCGUUCGAGCCCGAGGCGUUGGGGAAUCUGGUUGAAGGCCUGGACUUUCACCGCUUUUACUUUGAAAACUUGUGGUCUAAGAACAGUAAACCGGUCCACACCACCAUCCUGAACCCCCACAUCCACCUUGUGGGCGAUGAGGCCGCCUGCAUCGCGUAUGUCAGAGUGACGCAGUACAUCGACUCCAACGGGACGCCUCGCACCGCCCAAUCAGAGGAGACCAGGGUGUGGCACCGCCGCGAUGGGAAGUGGCAGAUUGUCCACUUCCACCGCUCAGGCUCUCCCUCCACACUCAGCAACUAACUUCCAGAGUGAGCGGAUCUUUGAUGGGGCCACCGUCGCCAUGACAACAGAUUGAUUGACAGCAGGCCAGGCGUCUGACACCAACCAUUCAGGAUUUAGUUUGAGGCGUUUGAAGAGGAGACGACGGGGCCGGAAAGCUUCACUCCAACAAGUCUAGUAGUGAACUUCAUUAUCAACCAACCAACCAAUCAGCUUCCUCUUCUCAGCUUGUUUGGACUUUGCUUCAGUCACGCCCCUCUGUGAUCAGCCAAUCAGCUCUCUUGGUGUAGUUUAGCUGCAGAUUGUAAUUAUGUUUGGAAACCUUGUAUCUCCAUCUUCCAGAUGUUUAACAGGACCAACCCCACAGCUCCCCCCUGUGGACUGAACCUGUGUCACACAGUGUGCUCCAUACGGCAUGUGGGUAGCUUAGCUUAGCACAAACACUGGAAGCAGGGGGAAACUGUUAGCAUGGAGCAGGUUUUGAUUUCUCCAAUAAGGACCCCGCCUCAUGUUUCCACAUAAACACUUUGUAUAGCAUCCGUACUCACCCGUGUUUGUUACUGUUGUGUAGAUAUUAACCACAAUGAGACGGCUUUUUAACCUUCAGGAGAUACAAGAUUUUCUGAAAGUAACAAUAAUUACAAAAGAAACAAAAAGAUAUGAUAUUAUUAUGAGGAGCUGCUCUGGUCACGGCAGAUUAUUCAGGUGAAUUAGGACUGAACCUGAACCUGAACCAGCACAUCCGGAUGAGUGAGAACAGCCCACAGAGCAGUUUUUAUUAAUGAGAAAUAAUAUCAAACAGAAGGAAAACAUACAGUAUAUUAUCUACAAAUACAGGAAGUAUCAGAAAACCAAACACAGAAAACUCUCCUUUUAGAUUAUUCAUUUAUCUUUUUAAAGCUACAACAGAAAUCUUCUGCUUCUGAUUUUUUGGUCCAAAUUAUUUUUAUAAUUUUAAACAUUUUAUCUUCCUGUCAGUGUUUUGGUAGCCAAGCAUUGUCUGACAAUCCCCCACUACACUUGCAGAAUGUGCAUAUAUUUAAUAAUGACGUUGGGCCUUGAAGCAGUAACUGUAUGAAUAUAUUUAAGCACAAAUAUUCAGCUAAAUACUCAGUAUACGUUUGUAACUGUGGGAUGUAAACUGCCCCAGGCUGCAAAAGUCCCAGAAAUUUCCUAAGCUCAGUUUAAUUAGAGCUGCAGCCUGAGCCAUACAUGAAUUGUUAUGAAAAAUCAGAAAGAUGUGGUUUUGAGAUAAUUUUGCCUGAAACUGGUUGGUGCCUAAAGCAGCUCUUUGCCUUCACAGUGAUGUUAGCUCAGAGGGAAACUUUAGUAUUUCCAUACAUGUUGUAACAGUGCAUGCAGUAACAGUACAUGCUGUAACACUGUAACAGUACAUGCUGUAACAGUACGCGCUGUAACACUGUAACAGUACAUGCUGUAAUAGUACAUGCUGUAACAGUACGCACUGUAACACUGUAACAUUACAUGCUGUAACAGUACUCGCUGUAACAGUACUUGCUGUAACAGUAUGCGUUGUAACAGUACGCGCUGUAACAGUAUGCGCUGUAACAGUACAUGCUGUAACAGUACAUGCUGUAACAGUACGCGUUGUAACAGUACAUGCUGUAACAGUACAUGCUGUAACAGUACGCGCUGUAACA